AUGGUGGCAUCUCUCGCACUUAUGGGAAGCAUUCGCAAGGUUUCUUUUUUUGUAAAGCCAAUUGCACAUGAGUUUUUCGCAGCUUGCGACAGGAAUCGUCCGGUAACUUAUGCUGUUACUGUGCUUAGGCGGCAAUGCAUCUUUGAUCCCUUUAUGAUUUUAACUACAACACGCGGCAAAACCAGUAAAUGUUUUGAAAUCAAGUUCAAGAAGUAUGUAUACGCACGUUCAGCACAACGUGACGUACCUAUGGCGAGGUGGAAGGGCAGACGGCCGCGCAGGUAUUCACAGCCUUCAUGUGGCGAAAUGGGCUUUUUGAUUUUUCCUUUUGCGCACACCCAUUGGGGUCGCCAGAUAUGCAGCCUCACAUCGGCGGCCCCCUCGCAAUGGAGGGAAGCACGCCAGUUGCAUGAAUGGGGGGGGGAAUAA